AUGAAAAAUUCAAGUUCUAGCAAGAGAACUUCUGCAAAGAACAAACAUGCAUCAAUUUCGAAAGACCCAAAAACCCCAAAGAAAAGAAGUGGAAAGGAGGCACACGAUUAUUCGAUCAACACUGCCAACGAUGCAACUGUGGUACGGAGAACACAAUCAUGUUUGGCUGAAGAUUCUCGUGGUUUACCUGGUGUUAGUGAAAGCACCGAACGGAUUGAGAGGAGGGAGGCAUUUUGGUCUACAAUAAAGCCAGCUCGCUUUGGUAUGAAUAUAACUUCGAAUUCUCUGUUAGGUGUUGUUCGUUUCAUUACAUUUGGCAAGUUCAUUGCUCUUUUUGGUAAAACUCGUAUAGGGAGGUGGCUGCUCUUGAACUUCCCUUCAGUGUUCAAUCUUGGAUUUUUCAGGAAAAAGGGUCCUACUGAGGAUGAAGUGGCAAGUGCUACCUUUAAGAAGUGGUUUGUUGGACAGGGGUUUAGUGAUGGCAGCCUUGUGUCACAAGGAAACAGGAAACUUGAUAUGGAGAUAAUUACAAGAUCCAGAGUGCCCUUAUUUUUGCUCAAGGAACGAGACAAUCUUCCAAAAGGAGGUGUUUUCCCUCGUGGGAUUGUGUUUGGCCCGACAGACCUCCAAGACAGGCUUCAAGAGAAUGCAAUAUCUUUUGAUGUUAUUCCAAAGAAAACUGUCUACCGAAAUGGUUUGUCGAGUCCUGUGUAUCUUGAUUUCUGGCUGACCGGAGCAAAAGUUGGAGAUAAAGCUCUACUUUGUAGUAUAGAUCUCAAGUAG